AUGGCGCGCGCGGCGGGGCCCGAGCGGCGGCUCCUGGCCGUCUACACCGGCGGCACCAUCGGCAUGCGGAGCGAGCGCGGCGUGCUCGUCCCCGGGAGGGGCCUGGCCGCCGUCCUGAGGACACUGCCCAUGUUCCAUGACAAGGAGCACGCCCAGGCCCGUGGGCUCCCCGAGGACACCCUGGUGCUGCCGCCUGCCAGCGGCGACCAGAGGAUUGUCUACACCGUGCUGGAGUGCCAGCCGCUCUUCGACUCCAGCGACAUGACCAUCGCCGAGUGGGUGCAGAUUGCCCAGACCAUCGAGAGCCACUACGACCAGUACCACGGCUUUGUGGUGAUCCACGGCACUGACACCAUGGCCUUUGCCGCCUCCGUGCUGUCCUUCGUGCUGGAGAACCUGCGGAAGACUGUCGUCCUCACCGGCGCCCAGGUGCCCAUCCACGCGCUGUGGAGCGACGGCCGGGAGAACCUGCUGGGGGCCCUGCUCAUGGCCGGCCUGUACGUCAUCCCCGAGGUCUGCCUGUUCUUCCAGAACCAGCUGUUCCGGGGCAACCGGGUGACCAAGGUGGACUCACGCAGGUUCGCCGCCUUCUGCUCGCCCAACCUGCGCCCCCUGGCUGUUGUGGGCGCUGAUGUCACAAUCAAUCAGGAGCUGGUACGGAGGCCGCGCGGGCCGGCUCGCCUGGUGGUGCACAGCGGCAUGGAGCAGGACGUGGGGCUGCUGCGCCUCUACCCCGGCAUCCCUGCCAGCCUGGUGCGGGCUUUUCUGCGGCCCCCCCUGAAGGGCGUGGUCCUGGAGACCUUCGGCUCGGGCAACGGGCCCACCAAGCCGGAGCUGCUGCAGGAGCUGCGGGCAGCGGCUGCGCGGGGCCUGCUCAUCCUCAACUGCACCCACUGCCUGCAGGGCGCCGUGACCUCGGACUACGCGGCUGGCGCGGCCAUGGCCGGGGUGGGCAUCGUCUCCGGCUUCGACAUGACGUCCGAGGCGGCUCUGGCCAAGCUGUCCUAUGUGCUGGGCCGGCCGGGGCUGAGCCCCGAGGGCAGGAAGGAGCUGCUGGCCAGGGACCUUCGGGGGGAGGUGACGCUGCCCUUGGCUGAGGGGUGCCAGGCCGCCCGGCGGGGCGGUGUGCUGGGCUGCCAGCUCGCCCAGCUCCUCAGCCUGAGCCAGGAGGCCGGUGUUGCACGGGACGCCCUGGUGCCCAGCCUGGCCUGUGCCGCUGCCCACGCCGGUGACCUGGAGGCCCUGCAAGCGCUGGCAGAGCUGGACAGCGACCUGCGCCUGGAGGACUUCAGGGGCCAGACGCCGCUGCACGUGGCUGCCCGGGGGGGCCAUGCCGGGGUGGUCACCAUGCUGCUGCAGAGGGGGGCGGACGCCAACGCCCGGGACGAAGACGGCCUCAGCCCGCUGCUGCUGGCCGUGCGGGGCAGGCAUCGGGGUGUCAUCAGCCUGCUGCGGGCAGCAGGGGCCUGCCUGUCCCCUCAGGAGCUGGAGGACGUGGGGACAGAGCUGUGUAGGCUGGCGUCCAGGGCGGAUGGAGAAGGCCUGAGGGCGUGGUGCCAGGCGGGCGCUGAUCCGGGGCUGCUGGGCUACGACGGACGCAGCGCCCUGCACGUUGCGGAAGCAGCGGGUGACCUGGAGGUGCUGGCCCUCCUGCAGAGCCUGCAGGGCGGUGCCGAUGCCCGGGACCCAGGGCCAGUGGGCGGACCCGGCGGCUCCACCCGCUGCCCCGGGCUCCUUAGCCUGGUUCCCAGGCCGGGGCUGGCUCCGCCUGGCAGCCCUCCAGAUUCUCGCCCAGGCACGGGUGUGCCGGCCUUGCACAACCAGCCUGACAGCGCGCGUCUCCUGGGCCGCGGGCUCGAGAGGCUGGGGAAGCCGCAGACCCAGCCUGGAGCCUCCUCGGAGCCUCCUGUGUUCCUGGGAGGAGGCCUGUGGUGUCCUGUCCUCCGGGAUCUCCAGCCCGCGCGGGCCGGCCUCCUUGGGGUGGAGCCAUGCAGCCGUAACGCGGAGGCCACCGCCGGGCUGGUCACCGACACCCGAGGGGAGCCGCGGAGGCGGGGGGCGCACAAGCUGGCAGCCGCGGGGACCCGCCCCAGCCGCGGCCCAGAGGACGAGGGGCUCCUGCGCGCGCGGCCGCUCAGCUCGUGCGCCCCCGACACAGCCGCCCGCGGCCGGAAACGCAGGCGGGACCUCGGGGCCGCCACCCCACGUCCCCGCAGCCUGCCCGGCCGGGCUCCUCCCCGCCUGCGCUUGGGCCCGUGUGGGGGGCCCGGUGAGCAGCUGGGGGGCUGCCUGCUGGGCCGGGUGUCAAGGCUGCUCUGUGCGCGGCUGCGGCUGCGGCUGAUGACAAUAAAGCGAGUCCAGAGCCUCGGGGUGACCUGCGCUGUCUCCCUCCUGCUGGUGCCAGGCAUGGUGGGGGCCCGGUGCCUCACUCUGGCCAAGUUCUUUUUCUUCAGUCUCCCAGGGGUCCCCAGUGCCUGCUCAGCCUUCUCCUAG